AUGGACACGAACCAGGGCGUGGUGGCGGUGGUGAAGCCGGCGCUGGCGAAGGGGACGCCGUCGGCGUCGUUCCGGCUCCGCAACGGGAGCCUGAACGCGGUGCGCCUCCGCCGCGUGUUCGACCUGUUCGACCGCAACGGGGACGGCGAGAUCACGGUGGACGAGCUGGCGCAGGCGCUGGACGCGCUGGGCCUGGACGCCGACCGCGCCGGCCUAGCCGACACCGUCGGCGCCUACGUGCCCAACGGCGCCGCGGGCCUCCGCUUCGAGGACUUCGACAAGCUCCACCGCGCGCUCGGGGACGCCUUCUUCGGCGCGCUCGCGGACCAGCAGGACGACGCCGCCAGCGCCGGGGCGGACGGCGGCAAGGGCGGCGAGGAGGACGAGCAGGAGAUGCGGGAGGCGUUCAAGGUCUUCGACGUCGACGGCGACGGCUUCAUCUCCGCCGCCGAGCUGCAGGAGGUGCUCAAGAAGCUGGGACUCCCCGAGGCCAGCAGCAUGGCCAACGUCCGGGAGAUGAUCUGCAACGUCGACCGCGACAGCGACGGCCGCGUCGACUUCGGCGAGUUCAAGUGCAUGAUGCAGGGGAUCACCGUCUGGGGCGCCUGA